AUGUAUGGAAGUGCAAGAACAAUCACUAAUUUGGAGGGGAGCCCUUCCAGAUCACCUCGUUUGCCAAGGUCUCCUCGUCUGGGCCAUCGAAGAACGAGUAGUGGAGGUGGGGGAGGAACAGGCAAGACUCUGUCUAUGGAAAAUAUCCAAUCCCUUAAUGCAGCCUAUGCUACAUCUGGCCCCAUGUACCUGAGUGAUCAUGAAGGAGUAGCUUCAACAACUUACCCAAAGGGCACUAUGACUCUGGGCAGGGCCACAAAUCGAGCUGUUUAUGGAGGUCGAGUCACAGCCAUGGGAAGUAGUCCCAAUAUUGCCUCAGCUGGACUUUCCCACACAGAUGUCCUUUCAUAUGCAGAUCAACAUGGUGGUCUGAGCAGCUCAGCCCAUCAUCACCAUCACCAGGUCCCUUCUAUGUUGAGGCAAGUAAGAGAUAGCACCAUGUUAGAUCUUCAAGCCCAGCUUAAGGAACUGCAGAGAGAGAAUGACCUCCUCCGGAAAGAGCUAGACAUCAAGGACAGCAAGCUGGGAUCCUCCAUGAACAGCAUCAAGACUUUCUGGAGUCCUGAGCUAAAGAAGGAGAGAGUCUUGAGGAAAGAAGAGGCAGCCCGGAUGUCUGUCCUCAAGGAGCAGAUGAGGGUUUCUCAUGAAGAAAACCAGCACCUGCAACUGACAAUCCAGGCCCUUCAAGAUGAGCUGCGAACACAGAGAGAUCUCAACCACCUCCUGCAGCAAGAGAGCGGUAACCGUGGGGCGGAGCACUUUACCAUUGAGCUGACUGAGGAGAACUUCCGGAGGCUCCAAGCUGAGCAUGACAGGCAGGCCAAGGAGUUGUUCCUUCUGCGGAAGACACUGGAGGAAAUGGAGCUGAGGAUUGAAACGCAGAAACAGACCCUCAAUGCCCGAGAUGAGUCCAUUAAAAAGCUCCUUGAAAUGUUACAGAGUAAAGGUUUGCCAUCCAAAAGCCUUGAGGAUGACAACGAACGCACCCGCCGCAUGGCAGAGGCGGAGUCUCAAGUCAGCCACUUGGAAGUGAUCUUAGACCAGAAAGAGAAGGAAAACAUCCAUCUCAGAGAGGAAUUACACCGAAGAAGCCAACUCCAGCCCGAGCCAGCCAAGACGAAAGCUCUCCAGACUGUCAUUGAAAUGAAGGACACAAAAAUUGCUUCAUUGGAGCGAAACAUAAGGGACCUUGAGGAUGAGAUCCAGAUGUUAAAAGCUAAUGGUGUGUUGAAUACUGAGGACCGUGAGGAAGAGAUCAAACAAAUAGAGGUUUACAAAAGUCACUCCAAGUUCAUGAAGACAAAGAUUGAUCAGCUGAAGCAGGAACUUUCAAAGAAAGAGUCAGAACUUCUUGCCUUACAAACAAAGCUUGAAACCCUUAGCAAUCAAAACUCAGAUUGCAAACAACACAUUGAAGUGCUUAAAGAGUCGCUUACUGCCAAAGAACAGAGGGCUGCCAUUCUUCAGACUGAGGUUGAUGCACUGAGAUUACGAUUGGAAGAGAAAGAAUCUUUCCUGAACAAAAAGACAAAACAACUGCAGGAUCUCACAGAAGAAAAGGGGACCCUGGCUGGAGAGAUUCGUGACAUGAAAGAUAUGCUAGAAGUGAAGGAAAGAAAAAUCAAUGUUCUGCAGAAAAAGAUUGAAAACUUGCAAGAACAACUUAGGGAUAAAGACAAGCAACUGACCAACUUGAAAGACAGAGUGAAGUCCUUGCAGACGGAUUCUAGCAACACGGACACUGCAUUGGCCACACUAGAGGAGGCCCUGUCAGAGAAGGAGAGAAUAAUCGAGCGCUUGAAAGAACAGAGGGAGAGAGAUGAUCGGGAAAGACUAGAAGAAAUAGAAUCCUUCCGAAAAGAGAACAAAGACCUGAAGGAGAAGGUCAAUGCUCUACAAGCUGAACUGACAGAGAAAGAGUCUAGUUUAAUUGACCUCAAAGAACAUGCAUCUUCAUUAGCCUCUGCAGGGCUGAAAAGAGACUCCAAAUUAAAGUCUCUAGAAAUAGCCAUUGAACAAAAGAAAGAGGAAUGUAGUAAAUUGGAAGCACAGUUAAAAAAGCAAGCUGAGCAGUUGUUCAAUCAGAUGUACAACCCAGCUCAUAAUAUUGAAGAUGACUCCAGAAUGAACCCUGAGUUUGCAGACCGACUAAAACAGCUUGAUAAAGAAGCAUCUUACUACCGUGAUGAGUGUGGCAAGGCUCAGGCAGAAGUAGACCGGUUACUGGAGAUCCUCAAGGAGGUGGAGAAUGAAAAGAAUGACAAGGACAAAAAGAUCGCGGAACUUGAGAGCUUGACUCUCAGGCAUAUGAAAGAUCAGAAUAAGAAGGUGGCCAACCUCAAGCACAAUCAACAGCUGGAAAAGAAGAAGAAUGCCCAGCUGUUGGAAGAAGUCCGCAGGCGAGAAGAUAGCAUGGCUGACAAUUCACAGCAUUUGCAGAUAGAGGAGCUAAUGAACGCAUUGGAGAAGACCAGACAAGAGUUGGAUGCCACCAAAGCCCGUCUUGCCUCUACACAGCAGUCCCUGGCAGAAAAGGAAGCUCACUUGGCUAACCUUCGGAUUGAGAGGCGGAAACAGCUGGAGGAGAUCCUGGAGAUGAAACAGGAAGCACUGCUUGCCGCUAUCAGUGAGAAGGAUGCAAACAUUGCUUUGCUGGAACUGUCUGCCUCUAAGAAGAAAAAGACUCAGGAAGAAGUCAUGGCACUCAAGCGGGAGAAAGAUCAGUAUGUGCACAAAAGAGCCCAAGAGACUCAGAACAGAAUGAAGCUGAUGGCAGACAGCUACGAUGAAGACCAUCACCAUUACCACCACCACCACCAUCACCACCACCACCGAUCUCCUGGGAGGUCCCAACAUUCCAACCACAGGCCCUCUCCAGACCAGAUAUGUAGUGUAGUGCUGGCUCAGUAUCUAAUGGUGGGUUACGUUGGAAUGUCUCUUUCCCUGUUUGAAAAGAAAGCACUUUGUUUCCAUGAGCUUGGCAACCAAAGAAACCUCCAGUUUGCUGAGUUCUUUCCUAGAAAAUUCCUUAGUGAUGCAAAUUAA